AUGGUCGAGUCUACAUUGAUUUAUAGAUAUGACGCGCUUCCAUUAUGUGGAUCAGUGGACGAUGAAAAUAAUCCAAAUUUAACAGAUCAAAAGAAGAAAUGUAAAAUAUUGAUUUCGAGGAUUACCCCCAAUUCAGAAACAAAGGCUAGUAUAGAGUCGGGUGAAUUGUACACAAUCCAUUAUUUAAUUGACAAUUCCAUUAUUUAUAUCUGUAUAUGUAACAAGAGUUACCCCAAGAAAUUGGCAUUUUCUUAUUUACUGGAAAUUUCUCAUGAAUUUUUCAAUAGUCAUGGUAAUGACGCUUUAAGUAAUAAAGCCAGACCAUAUGGGUUUAAUUCUUUUGAUAAUUUUUUACAAAAAACAAAGAAAAUUUAUCAAGAUCAGCGUGCUCAAUCUAAUUUGGACAAAUUAAAUAACGAUUUAAUUGAUGUUAAAAAAGUCAUGACAAAGAAUAUUGAAGAUCUAUUAUAUAGGGGCGAUUCUUUGGAUAAAAUGAGUGACUUAUCGAGCUCUUUGAAACAAGAUUCUUUGAAAUAUAAGCGAAGAGCCCAAAGAAUAAACUUUGAAGCAAUGUUGAGACAGUAUAUUCCAAUCGUUGGUGCUGGGUUAAUUUUUGUUUUUAUGGUUUAUUACCUACUCUUUAGAAGAUAA